GAUUUUAGAAUUCAGGGUGUACCCAAUCCAUUUUAUUCCAUUGUAAUCCAGCCAAUUCCUAUUCAAUGCCUUUCACAAAUGAUAAAAACUGGUAGCUUUUUUUAAUUUCAUGGGUGCAUUGUUUCCAGUUACGACCAUUUUUGGCGACCUUAAGCUUGUAAACGGAGAUGUCAGACAAAAGAGCGGCCCCAUUAUAAUCAUUUUCUCCCGGCCUUUUUCUAGGAGCCACAACGCCCCUGCUUGUAGCGAACUCGGGCACGCUUUUUGUAGUGGCAGUCGUUAAAAAAUAAUUGCUUUUAACUGUCAAUAAAGCAGCAAUUGACAAAUGAUUUGGCGGUUGAUGUUGAGUAAAAAGAAGUCAUUUAUUCAAAUCACUUUAGAAUAUGAGUUCUUUAAUUGCUUCAAAUGAAGAAGAGCUACAGACCUUGUCUAGGUUGUCCACGCUUUUGAAAAUUGACGCUACUUGGCUGUCUGCACUGUGAAGAAAUUCUCAAGGAGAUUGUUAUUUGGGAAAUCCAAGAGCUGAUAACCUUGGCCUUACAGAACUAGGCCUGUUCUUGUUGCAUUGGAAGUAGCACUCCCGAUCUGAAUUUCACACUCAAAUUUCGAGGAUAUAGUGGAUCUGUUUACGUUUUUUGUAACACGAUGUUAAUGACAUCAUACAAAGAGCGUUACUUGUCCCUGCAUGGGUUUUAUUGAGAACCAAAGAUCCAUUCAUCGUCUGAUUCAAGAGAGUAAGAAUUCGUGGUUUUUCACAAGAUGGGAGGUGACUCGGUGCACGAAAGCGAAAGGAACCACGUACCCUACACUUCAGUGCGAAAGUUGUUCUACGAUUUUUCUGAUGAUAUUGACCAGCCAAAAAAAGCACCCAGGAAUCGAAAAUCAGAAGGCAGACAGAGGCGUUUCAGUGCGAACCUUUUUAGUAACAGUAAGAAUGUCAACGAUGCAAAUGACCCACAGGCGAGAUCUCGAAGAGCCAGCGAGGGAAUGUUUAUGAGGCCAAUGACAAAAUCAAUUCAUUUUCAUGGCUCAUAUUCAGAUUUUUAUUGUGAGCACAGCAACAAUUUGGCUUCCUUGAGAUGGCUAAGUCGCAGUGAAAACAAGCUUAACGGACAAACGGCUGCAAUUUUGCGACGCUUCCAAAGCUUGGAUCCCGUCAAGUUCAAAAGCAUUGAUCUUUCGUUAAAAUCUUUAGAAGAUAUUUCACAACAGGAAGACACAAAUUCCUGUUACAAGUGCCCAAUCGAAGAAGAAGAAGAGGAAAGUUUUAUUGAAAGAGAAUGGCAUGAAAAGCAUCAUGAUACUGGUCAAGAAGACGAAUAUAUUACCUAUGAAAACCGGGCGAACUAUUCAAGCACGACCUCUAUUUGCUGGAUUUCUGCAACUGAUUCCUUAAUUCAUGAUCUGCCAUGGACCAAAAGAGUAAGAGAAAGCAAAAAGGCGAAAUUCAAAAGAAAGCAGGCCAGCGCUAAGCGACCAUCUAGAUUUACGGACUUUGUGCGGACGGUAAACCUGGAAAGAAAAAACUCUGUCGAAAGUUCUGUAGAUGGUGACAUCCAAGAAACAAAUUCAUUUUGGGAAACAAGAACUGACUCCAAGGCUCUUCCUCUUAAUCUUCAUCGUCAGAGCAUAUACGCUGAUGGCUUCACUGGGAUUUGCAUUUGCGAUGGUUACUUUGGUUGCCCUUAAGAGAGCUCUUUGUUUCAUUGACCCGAAUACAUUUUUAUAGGUUAUAUAUGUAAUUUUGUUGCAUACAGAUGUUGUCAUUAAUACCGUUUUUCGAUACCAGCCAGAUCAUUUUUUGGGAGGAAGCAGUAUGUAGCAUUUAAACAAGUAUGUAGCAUUAAAAAAUAGCAUCAAGACGGAGUAGUUAAAGUGACACUGUGCUUGACAGUGUGCCUGUACAGAUUUGCAUCCUUGUAGUACUCCCCUUAGCUCUGUUGACUGCAACAAGUGUUGCCUCCUGGUUAUUGCACAUUGAUCAGUGAUAAUUUCACUGAACAAAAACAUGGUGAGCAUUUCUCAAUGGGUACAAUCUACUUUAAAAUAAGGUAAAAGAAAAUAAAAUACGGAAAAGAAGAGAAAAUAAAAAACGAUAUUUUGAGCGUAGCCCGUUAUAACAAUGAUUCUCGAUAGUGACUGUGUUGUUUUCAUGUUAAUUUGGUCAUGGUACAAGUAGAACGUAUACAAGUUAUUACAAGUAUAAGUAAGAACUUAUGCAAAUAGAACGACCAUAAAGCAAUCGCUCUUUCUUAAAUCUGGCAAAUACCAAGAGUAUUUCUAGCCACUCGAGUGUACCGACAAGUACUGCAAGUGUACACCAAUCUAAUGAAAAACAAUGGGUAUCAAAGAUGUACCAAUGGAAUUGAAACCAUUUUCAUUUCAGAAACGUAACUUUCUAAAUGUAAUUUCUUCACCAUGAUUACUGGCAUCUCGUGUCAAUGCCAAUGCUUUUUUUCGAGACCUUUUUCGAAACGAAUUCAUAGUCACGACCAGUGUGAUAGCCAUUCCCGUUCAAUAAUAUCGUUUGUCAGUACUGUUUUUUCUUUAAAGUGAUUAAUUUUAUGGUUGCAGACUUUCGCAAUAGCAUAAUGACUAUAUUACUAGCAACUACAACAUUCAUUAUGCUUCCAAAGUUGGAAACUCCUCGUCAAUACCUAGUCACACUCGAGCUGCAAAAUGGCUAACAAGCCAAGUUUUUCAUUAUUCUGAAAUAUUGUUGCAUUUUAGAUGGAGAUUUGGGCUAAAAUUAUGAAAAGCUUAACCAUUUGGGGAACAUUAGGGGCUAGCCUGUCAGCAAGCCCGCCUCCAGGGUCCCUGAAUGAUGCUUAUCGCAAAGGUCUCCUUUUCAUGGCAACAAAGUGUUCUUUAAUAAACAUUAUAAGAUUGGCGGUGGCUUUUUUAAAUUCAAAAUCUAUGAAAACUUCUGUCUUCUGUGCUUUUUAAGUACACGUAGAAAGAAGUAACUAGAUGAGUUGAAUUGACACUCAGCUUUUUACAACGAAACAUCCAUCCUUUUUGGCUUAAAAUUGGCAAAUUGCCAUUGAUAGUCAUAAUAUUACAAGAAAAAUUAAGAUAAAAUAACCAAUACAAAUGCCAUAACAUAAUGCAUUAAAUCAUCAGAUUAUCUUGCUGUCGGAAUUAAGACGUUCAAUACAUCGAUAAGCAGCUGUAAUGUUGUCACACUUAGUCCCAAAGAUAGACUCUCGGAAAACCAUUAAAUAAAAGGAUUAAUUUUGCGAUUUUACAUGAGAUAUAUAUUACGCCAUACAUUCUCAUGAAUUAAGGCAGCUGCUGAGUCUGAGCACCUCUAUGUAGAGCCGCCUAUUGAGCAAUUUAUUGGCUUACAGAUGUUUAAAUGUUUCUUGCAAAACUCCAUCAUAUUACACUUUUGUCCUCGUCAACAAAUGCAAAAAGUUUAAGUUUUGACCUCUAAUCUCUCUAGUUCUGUUUCCUAUUGGGCUAAAACGUAGCUACUUUCAAAAAACAUCCAAAGUUAUGUAAUGAUUACCCCCGUACAGUUAUGUAAUCAUUAUGUAAUCAAACGAACACCAUAAUGGCAGCCCUAACGGUUGAGCCAAGCUGUGCGUAAGUGGUGGCAUCUCUUAUAGUUAAGGAUAUUUUUUUCUAUUCAGUACAUAAGGGUCCUAGGGGUCCCAGGAUCCCAGGGUCCUAGGGUCUUAGUGUCUGGUUUUUCCAGGAGGCCAGAAUUAUUAGCACAUGCUGAAAAGCAGCAUAACCAACUUUCGGUAAAAAUUUUGAAUGGAUAAUUUGAUUCCAAUUUGUAGUGAAUUUGAAAUCUGUGGACCCAAAAAGUGACUGAGCGACUUAAUACCGUAACUGGUAAUUUUCACCAAUGUAAAGAUAAUUUUCACAAGGUAAUGGCAUGUGAUUUUUCGUAGAAAAAAUCUUUCAUAAACAAUUAUGCAAAGUUUCAAGCCUCUCAAGAGCGAAAAGCUUGAUUAAAUGCAUGUUCACUGUUCACUAGACCUCGUCAAAAGGUCAUUGUAAAUGGAGGACUAGACGUAAGGCGCUUUCGUUGCAUAUUUUGCAUAUUUUGGUUUUUUUGCCGUAAAAUAGCCACACAAAUGGACAAUGGGUAAGAUGGCUAUAGUAUAAAUAUCAUGAUAUAGUUAGAAUUGAAUAAUUAAAUUAAAAUAACCUGUUUUUCCUUGCUGCCCAUGAACUGUGCUAAUCUUAUAAGACAAUACGAGUUGCAAAGCACCCAUUUUACAGCGAUUCUCAAUAUGUGAAUCAAAAUAUAAGAGAUUAUCAAUUUGGAUUCUUAGAAGAGUCACCUCAUUACUCACAUUAAUUCUGAAAUCAUCUUUUAUUGCAAAUGUGUUUGCCCAUUUUACUAACUACUAAUGAUUCAAAUUUUGACGGGUUGCAUCUCAUCGCUUAGUUUGAAUUUUACCAAUCAAUGCAUUUGUUUGUAUUUAAUCUAAAUAACCUACGAAUAUAUUCAAUAUUAUUAGCAGAAAUGGGAAAUGUGUUGUCUUCAGCAAAGCUACAUAAGGAGCCUUCACGUAGAACAAGAAAGAUGUCCCUUAUGAAAACUUUAAAAAGAAUGGGUCCUAGCAUUGAACUCAGGGGUACCCCUUUAGAUAGGUUGCCAAAGGUACUAAAAUGUAUGGUAACUUUGAAUUAAUGUUAGUGAAUUUAUGCUUAAAUCAUUGUUAUAGAAUUUAACGAUUUCUAGAUUAGUUGGGAAACAGUCCAACCCUUUGAUAAAUCCAUCACAACAGCUCCUGUAAUUUUGUCACCUGUUAGAUGAGAUCCCCAAUCUUCUACUGAUCUUAUCAAGGCAGACUGAGGUGGAAAACUUCUUCUGUAGGCAAAACGAAAGUGUGAGAACGUAUUCUUCUGAAGAAUUUGAGAUAAUUGUAUUUAAGCCUAAAGUUUUCUUUACGAAAACGAUUUUUCUUUCGUGUACUGGAUAACUGCAAUAUGUAUGGAUAUUUUACAAGCUUCAUUGUGUCAAACACUGUGCAUGCAGGAAUAUAUGAAAGUCAUUUACUAGAAUUUGCAUCAUUAAAGACUUUUUUCGGCAAAAUUUCGAAUGCCUCCUGAUUUUCAUUUGGUUUGAAAAGCGAUUACUUUGUUAUUGCUUAAGAUGUGAUUUCGCUACUUCCAGUUCAUAUCUUGGAGACACAGAUGAUUUAAUGAAUAUAAUACUUUCGAAACUAGGUUUUUUAUGUGAACUAACGAAAUUAUCUUAUAGUAUUUAUUAAGCAAAUGCAUAGAAAAUUUGGAUAUUUAUUUUUGCAAUAAAAUGACAACAAUAGUAUAACGUUUUAGCGUUUCCUUGCUUUUAAAAUUUAUUAUUUGCAAAUCCUGGAACCCAUUGUACGUCUAGAGAGAUUAUCCUGUCGUUUUUAUUUCUAAAGUUUGAAUCUAUCCGGAACUUGCACGUGUUUUAGAAGUGAUUCUAUGGCUCUUGUAGCAUGUCUAAUUCAAUAAACAAAGAAACAGUUUUGCGAUGAAAAUUGAUUUCAUAUGCGCCUUUCAUAACAAUAUUCAGAUGGCAACCAACUUAACGCCAAAUGCUAUUGAUAAAACCACUCUUUGGGCAAACAAACUCAAAAGAUAAAUUCUAAAGAGUUGCUUUCGUUAUGAUUUGCAGAACAAUUACGAUAAAAGAAAGACGCAAUACGCUGUUCUUUUUAUGUCUAUUCUAUCUGUAUCAACGAGUGAUUAUCGUGUUAGUUGAAUAUCUAGGAUCCAUUCUCAAAGUUUUAUCAGUUGCUUUCAUAAAACGCUGACUUCGAUUCCCUUAUAGUCAGAGUAACCGAGUCAUUCUGGUCGUAAUAUUUCUUAAAUAAAACAAUAUGAUAUAAUUUUGAUUUUAAAAAGUAUACUUACCCAUUCGAGUCUUUGUUGGUUGUAUUUAUUAGCGUAACUAUCCGAAAAAGAAGAUUUUGCAUAACUCAAUUCUGCAAGUUUUUAAACAGGAGAAUUUCAAAUUAUGAUUUUUAUAUUGGAUAGCUUCAUCAAAACAUUCGCUGCAAUCACUGGUAACGGCCUGGUAAUGAUAGCUAUAGGUUUUUAAAAUGUUCUCAUGAUGUAUUUUUUAAAUAUUUUUCACUCUUCUCUAUCAAUUCUAUUCUUUGUUAACCAUCUUCUUGCCGCCAAAGUUUGUGUUUGUGCAAGAUUCUAUGUUUUCUUUUAAAGUGCAUCGAGUAAUGUGUCUCUUGAGUAUACAACCAAAUUUUGCAGCUUUCAAAGAAUAUUUCCUCUUUUCCUUUCCAGCACAUUUUCACUCGAGUACUUUGGAAAAUACCAAGGAUAAUUUAAAUAAAUUCUAGAUUAUAGUGUCGUUGAAACAAAAAGAUGGGACAGAAUAGCAAUAUCUCGUUGAAGAGUUAUAAAAAUCCUAACAUGAAGAAGAUGCAUUUCUAAAGUUUCAAGCAAGACCGGUAGGUAAUUACAGUUCCAAAUCAAGAGCUAUCUUUUGCAUGACUUUUUAUCACUUCUAUCAGGGUCUAAAGGCAUAGAUACUUUAGGCAAAUCUAUCAAUGUCUUUAUCAAGAACGCAACAUAUAAGCUUCUAAUAUUUCCAGAUUGUUGUCCUAUCUUAUCUGUGCUAAAUGUUUUAAGACUCCCAUGAAUCAUGACAGUAUCAAACUUAGCUAUCUCAAUUUACUUUCUCGAUUGUUUAUCACUCUCUCCCUU